AUGGCCUCUUUCAAUACCUCGGGCCAGCCGGGGAGCUACUUCCAGACAGAUACUUCGAUAGCGGAAACCGAUAGAAAAUCUCGCAAAGCAGCGAACAAUAAGGGUGAUCCGAUCAAGUUCCCUACUAAAAUUUUGGCUGUUCAAGUCAAUCAUUUCUUCGACCCUACUGGGGAUGUGGUCUUCGUCGCAGAGGCCGGCGGGUCGGUCACGAGGCUACAAUUAUCUACCAACAAGUUGUCUUCUACUCCUCGAGGGCCUCAGGCUCCUCUGACCUGCCUUGCAACACAGGCUACCAAGUCUCCAUCUGAUCCUUUCACUACCAUGCAGAUCUUUGCAGGUUGUUGGGAUAAGUCAGUCUGGCGUUACACCUUCCGCUUCGCCGAAGCAGUUAACAAAGGGCGCACUGUCACUGAACAUAGGUCCUUCCCGGCUCACCGAGACUUUGUCAAAUGUCUCAUUGUUGCUCGAACUCCUGACAAUCAGGAGAUAUUGAUAACAGGAGGAGCUGAAGGUGAAAUACGAUUUUGGACACUUGACGGUCAAGCAUGUGGUGUCCUGAAGCCUGAUUCCCGAGGCAUUGAGGAUUUGGCCCUCGAUCCACUGUCGUCCCCUGACAAUCCGCUAGUUUUCUUCUCGACUUCGCAGAGAGAGAUAUUUUACUUUGCCCUGCCAGACUCAUCAAAGCUUCCAACGAACCGGAUUCAAAUGUCAGCACCCAUCCUGGCUCACGAAACAAGCGUAUACAAACUCCACUUCGACGACGACGGAGACCUUUGGACGGCUUCAGCUGAUAAAACGGCAAAACACCUGUCCCGAAACCACAACUGGGUAUCAGAUACAACGUUGCAGCACCCAGACUAUGUACGAGAUGUCGUUACCCAUGAUCAAUACGGGUGGGUUGUGACAGCAUGUCGGGAUGAAGAGAUCCGAGUAUGGUACAAAGCCACCGGGGACCUUCACCAUGUAUUUUCAGGGCAUUACGAGGAAGUUACUGGCUUAGCCUUGACGAAUGAUCUCGUAAUCAGUGUUAGCAUCGAUGCCACCCUACGACGAUGGAGCCUUGCACCAGCUGAGCUUCAGAAAGCAGUCCAUGCAGCCCAAAACCCCAGCUUGCUUGAACAAGAGCGUGGGCCCAAAUCUGACCUACCGAUGCUGACAGAGGAGGAAGAGGCCGAAUUGCAGGCGUUGAUGGAGUCUGAGGAAAGCGAGAUAUUAGAGAAGAUGGCAAGGGACGAACAGUAG